GUCAGAAACUGUUGUUUCCAGCAAUGUUGUUGAGUGUGAGGUGAGAAGCGAUUUUCUCACGGAAUGUCCAACUUAUCUACUAUAUAACCCGCAUGGAAUGUAAAUCGAGCUGGGUACCAUUUUAAUUUAAAAUUUCAACACUGACAUUUUCCGAUUGUACGUUAAAUUUGUUUUUCGGGGCAUCUGUAUUUCCAAAGAAUUCUUUCACUGACUUAGGGGACUGGGCUUCUUGAAAGCCAAUCAUUAUACCGGUAACCGAUAUGGGAACAAGUGCUUCCAAAACACCAACUGAACAACAUGGAUCAGACCCGAACCGUGUCCAAGGAAUGGCCAGGUUAAUGGUUGCAAGGCCGCAGAAAAAACGACCGAAAAACAUGCACCCAUUGCUUAAAAUGCUAGACGAAGAAGACGAAAAGUACGAAUACAAAAAGCAAAGUAUGUACUUGUUAAAGCAAUUAUUCAAAGGCAUGGAUCCGACAGUAAUGAAGACGGUGGGUGAUGUGAGAGGGGAGAUAAAAUUGUCAUUUAAGUAUGACCAACAGAAGAAUUUACUUCUAGUGAAAGUUGUUUGUGCAAAGGAAUUGGUUCCUAAAGAUCUCAGUGGAAAGGCAGCUGAUCCAUAUGUAAAAGAGGUGUUGAUUUUAAGAGGUGGAUCUUUAGAAAAAGACAGCAGCUGA